AUGAGCAGCUCGCCACGCAGCUCGUCUCCUGCCGUGAUGGCGCCGCGUUGCUCGUCCCCGCUGCUCACGCCCACGCCCACGCCCGCCCGCCGAGGGUCCGGCUCGUCGUCAGGGAAACGGGGCUCGCCCGCGCCCCCCUCGCCCUACCAGGAGGCGACGCCGGGCCUCAUGACGUCGCCCAAGCUGUGGCAGAAGGUGCACGUGUCGCGCCUCGCCGAGGAGUUCUUUUGGAUCGGAGGCAGCAUCGUCGCCACGCCCAAAUGGAAGCUCGGACAAAUCGUGGAGCGCUGCAUGUGUACUAUGCAGGACGGCUCUGUGAUGCUGAAGCUGAGGGGCAAAUCCAAGACGCUGACGCGGAGCUUCUACCUGGAUGAGCAUCGCUCCUGCAUCCGCUGGAAACCCUCUCGCAAGCGGGAGAAGGCCAAGAUCACCAUUGACUCCAUCCACGAGGUGUGUGAGGGCCGCCAGACGGAGAUCUUCCAACGCUUUGCCCACAGUAACUACGACCCCAACUGCUGCUUCAGCGUCUACCACGGCGAGCACAUGGACUCGCUGGACCUGGUGGCGUCGAGCGCGGAGGACGCGCGCACCUGGAUCACCGGCCUCAAGUACCUGCUGGCCGGCAUCAGCGACGAGGACAGCCUGGCCAAGCGCCAGCGCACCAGAGACCAAUGGCUGCGUCAGACAUUCACAGAGGCGGAUAAAAACGGCGACGGGAACCUGAGCAUCGGGGAAGUGCUGCAGCUCCUGCACAAGCUCAAUGUCAACCUGCCCAGGGACAAGGUCAAACAGAUGUUCCAGGAAGCAGACACAGAUGAUAAUGAAGGUUCUCUGGCCUUCGAGGAGUUCUGUGCCUUCUACAAGAUGAUGUCCACACGCCGAGACCUCUACAUUCUCCUGCUGUCCUACAGCCACCAGAAGGAGUACAUGGACGUCAGAGACCUGCAGCGCUUCCUGGAGGUCGAGCAGAAGAUGUUCAACAUAACACGAGAACAAUGCCAAGAAAUCAUCAUCCUCUUCGAACCCAACCCUCAGAACGUAGACGACAUGGUCCUGGGCAUAGACGGCUUCACUAACUACAUGCGUAGUCCUGCGGGGGACGUCUUUAACCCGGAGCACUUCCAGGUCAACCAGGAUAUGACACAACCGCUGUGCAACUACUUCAUCUCGUCCUCCCACAACACCUACCUGACCGGAGAUCAGUUCCUCUCCCAGUCCCGCGUAGACAUGUACGCAUACGUCCUGCAGACUGGCUGCAGGUGUGUCGAGGUGGACUGCUGGGAUGGUCCUGACGGUGAGCCUAUCGUCCACCACGGAUACACACUCACCUCCAAGAUCCUCUUCAAAGACAUUGUGGAGACCAUCAAUAAAUACGCCUUCAUCAAAAGCCAGUACCCUGUGAUUCUGUCCAUUGAGAACCACUGCACGGUGCCGCAGCAGAAGAAGAUGGCCCAGUACCUCAUGGAGGUUCUGCAGGACAAACUGGACCUGUCCAACAUCAACGCCAACGAGACCACCAAGCGCCAGCCCAGCCCAGAGCUGCUCAAGGGCAAGGUUCUGGUUAAGGGUAAGAAGCUUCCGGCGAACCUGGACCCGAGUGCUGAAGAGGGGGACGUAUCGGACGACUCCAGUGGUGAGGAAGAGGAGGAGGAGGAAGAGGAGGAGCCUCAGAUGAACGGACAGAGUGUGAAUGGCUCGGCUGCUCCUCAGGAGUCGAAGACCAGCAGGUUCCUCGGGAAGACAUUUAUGGGCAGCUUCCGCCGCAAGAAGAAGAGACGGAGCAAGAAGAAGAACAUUCUGGAAGAUUCAGACACGGACCCUGAGCAGGCCAAACCCACUGCACGCAAACAAGACGUGAACUACGGCAGACACUCUGAGCAGGCCAAACCCACUGCACGCAAACAAGACGUGAACUACGGCAGGAAGAGGAAGACCAUGCGGCUCUCUCGCGCGCUCUCUGACCUGGUCAAGUACACCAAGUCAGUGCGUGUGCACGACAUAGAGACACAAGCCUACAUGACUAGCUGGCAGGUUUCCUCCCUGAACGAGAGCAUAACCAAUCAGAUCGUGGCACUGAAGUCAGGUCAGCUGGUGCGGUUCAACCAGCGGCAGCUGCUCAGAGUUUACCCGUCCAACUUCAGAGUGGACUCCAGCAACUUCAACCCCCAGCCCUACUGGAACUCGGGCUGCCACAUGGUCGCUUUGAAUUACCAGACUGAGGGUCGUAGUCUGCAGCUCAACAAGGCCAAGUUUGCUGCCAACGGCAACUGUGGAUACGUCCUGAAACCCAAGUGCAUGUGUAAAGGUGCCUUUGACCCCUCUCUGGAGGAUCCGUUGCCGGGACGCAAGAAGAAGCAGCUGAUGCUGAAGAUCAUCAGUGGACAGCAGCUCCCCAAACCCAGAGACUCCAUGCUGGGGGACAGAGGAGAGAUUAUAGAUCCGUUUGUGGAGGUGGAGAUCAUUGGGCUUCCUGUGGACUGCCAGAAGGCUCAGACACGAGUGGUGGACGAUAAUGGUUUCAACCCCAUGUGGGAGGAGACUCUGCUGUUCAGCGUGCAGCUGCCUCAGAUCGCACUGGUCCGCUUCACCGUGUGGGACCACGACCCCAUUGGACGAGACUUCAUCGGCCAGAGGACCAUCGCCUUCAACAGCAUGCUGCCAGGUUAUCGGCAUGUGUAUCUGGAUGGCGUGGAGGAAGCCUCCAUCUUUGUUCAUAUUGCAGUCUCUGACAUUAGUGGCAAGAGCAAGGGCAACGCCAUGAAGAAAUUCCUGCACAAGGCGUCUCACGCCCCCGGCAACGUGGCCAAGGGGAAGAAGGUGUUGUCGGAGUCGUCCCUCUCCAAGCCCUUCUCAGACGACGACGUGAGCUCGCAGGGUAGCCGAGGGCCGUCUCUCUCCCGGGGCCCGCUUAGCGAGCCUCCGCGGCGCGCCCAAAGGGUCUACUUCCAGGAGCCGCUCGAGCGGCACAGGGGCCCCCGGAGCCGCAUGUCGUCGGAGGCGAGCUCCACCGGCGCCGACAUCACCUACGGCUACAUCAACUGGGGCAGCGAGGACACGUCGGAACCUGAGGUCCAGACGCCGCCCGUCCGGCCGCCCCGCCGCCAGUCCCUCAGCAAGCAGGAGAGCACGUCCUCAGAGCGCUCCGACGGCUCUCCGCAGGUCGUAGUGGAGGGUGCUGUUUUAGAACCAAAGGAACCUCCACCAAAACCUAGUCGUGAUCCAGCAUUCUUACAGUCAUCAGAACUGCAGAUGGACACCAAGCUUGAGAUACCGGUGCCCAUUCUACCAACGCCACAGAACAAGCGGAACCUAAUGGUUCCUCAUCCACUAGAACUUCCCCCACGGUUCCGACGACAGAUGGCAAUAUUGGAACCAAUAGACCAGGAACCAGAACCCAAUACAGAAAACAUUUCACAACCUUCACAUCUUCUGAAGCCAUCAGAACCUGAUCUAGAGACCAGAGUUUUAGAUUUGUUCGACCAGCCACCGGAACACAGGACUGACAAUAGAUUUUUUCAACGAAUAGAUGAAAACAGAGAACUUAAACCAGACACUAGAGUAUUAGAACCAACAGGCCAACCCGUAGAAACUAGAACACUGCAACCAAUAGAUGAGCUAUUAGAACUUGAAACAGGAGCUAGAUCUUUAGAACCAACAGGUCAACCUCUGGAUAUCAGACAUUUGCAACCAAAAGAUGAGCCAUCAGAACACAAACCAGACUCUGCUCUAGAACCUCGAGAGAUAAUAGCUUUAGAACCUCCAGAGAUGCUAGCUUUAGAACCUUUAGAUCAACUCCCAGAGAGCAGAACUUUAGAACCCAUGAACCCACCACUAGAACCCAAACCUUUAGAACCUGUAGACCAAGUACUAGAACCUAAGGAGGCCGUAGAACAACUAAACCAACCACCAGAACCCAAUCUGGCGGCUCGAUUAGAACUGAUCGAUCAGGAAGCACCACUCCUUGCUGGGAUGACAGCUGUGAAGCCUAUAGAGCAGCCACUAGAACCCAGCCAGGCCCGGGUGCUGGACCCUGUGGAUUUGUCCUGGCAGAACCAACCGAGCUGGGAAGAGGAGGCGGCACUUCCUCCGCCUCUAGAGCCCCAACCUGCAGUGGUUCCUCAGGUUCCUCUAGUGGCUCCUGCAGUGGUUCCUCAGGUUCCCCUGGUUCCUCCACGGGUUCCCCGAGUUCCUGUAGUGGCUCAUGCAGUGGUUCCCCUGGUUCCUGCACUGGAUCCCCAGGUUCCUCCAGUGGUUCCUGCAGUGGUUCCCCUGGUUCCUGCACUGGAUCCCCAGGUUCCUCCAGUGGUUCCUGCAGUGGUUCCUGCAGCGGUUCCUCAGGUUCCCCCGGUUCCUGUGGCCCCUGUGAGGCAGGUGACGUUCCGUGAGCAGAGCACCCAGACGGACCCCAUCCACAUCCCGGCCGUGGUGCUCUACAACUCCCCCGAGCUGCUGCGCAAGAACCGCGCGCACCUGCACCUGCCCCCCGUCCCCGCCAGCCCGGUCCCCUGGCAGCACUCGCUCCCGGAGCAGCGGAUUGGCUACUGCUCCCCGCGCCUGCCCGCCACCAGCCUCAACAGCGCCGCCCUGCUGGCUGACCAGGACGACUCCAGCAGCGGGGGCAGCGGGGGCAGCGGGGGCAGCAGGGGCAGCCUGGACCUGAGCGCUCUGCCCUGUAAGGUGCCCGCGGGGCAGCACCCGCAGGUGGGCACGCUGCAGAGGGAGAUGGACGCCCUGUUCCAGCAGAAGAUCAGGGAGCUGCACUGCACCUCGCCUAUGCUGUUCCGUGAUGACUCUGAUGACGAUGGGAAGUAGCUGCACACAUGAGCACUCAGAAUCAGCAC